GCGAAGUGUUUGGGAUUGUUUUACCUUUCUGUAACGUACGUGUAUAACGGUGCAUGUUUCUGAUGGACCGACCGCUCAAGUUGUGCCAUGACGUCCUUGCAGAAACAUCGAAGUUGCCAUCAUGGUUUUCUGCUCAAACUGUGGCGCCAACGCUGGUGCCCAGGCCAAGUUCUGCUCAAAGUGUGGCACUGCUGUGAGAGGCAGGAAAGAUGAGGAGCCUGAGCCUGAGCAGCCUGAGCAAGACAUGUUCUCGUCAGGGGCUACAGGAUAUGGGCUUCCAGCUGCUGCAGCUUCAGGAGGUAAAAUUAAGCCCAUUAGUGGCCUGGCAAGGCACCACACACAGGCCCUCGGCAGCCUGUUCAACUACCAGGCAAAGCACACGUACAAGAAACCAGGUGCAAAACCAGGUCCCAGUCACGUGAAGCACAAAACUGCAACACAACAGGUAGCUGACAUAGCCGUCUUGAUGAAGGUUGUAAUGCUACCUGUGUCACACCCAAGGGAAGAGCUGCCCGGUGACAUAACAGAUUGGCCACAUGAAUAUGUGAAUUUUUACCCAGGCGUCAGUCCAGUGCUGAGCAUCAAGAAGGAGCCCAAGUUUAGGAACAUGAGUGAUGCAGGUCAGUUGGUUGACCCCAAGGAGUGGAGCUUUGGGAAGCGAUAUGGGAAGGGCGCAAAGGCAGGAAUGGACACCCUUGAAGCACCAAAGCUUGCUGCCUUUGCAAACUUCAAGAGGUUCUACAAGGACAAGAAGGACGUCUACUGCCUUGCCCUAAUCGAAGACCCGGAAGAGCCGGAAGUGACAGCAGAGAACCUGCCUGACCUCACCUUCCAUCCUCCAGGCUCCGACUCCGAAUCUUCACUCAUUGACUUGGACAAAGAAGGAGAAGAUGUGGAGGACAAUGAUGAAGAAGAGAGUGAAACUUGGUCCACCCCAAGACAACGUAAUCGGCCAGCCUUUCAGGAGUUUCGACAACAAAGUACUCCAAGCAAAACAGCUGGUACCGCUGAGGGCUCUAGACCUAGCUCGUCAAGGGCAGGGGCUAGGGGUUCUGUACAGCAGAAGGUGAAAAGGACGGACAAAUCUGGCCCAGCUGACAAAGAAAAACGUCACAAGAGGGCAGAGAGUACGUUCAGCGAGACUGCUGUGGAUGACCUGCUGAAAACUCUUGAUGGCUUCGUGGGACUGACUUCGCUAAAGGGACACCUGGAGCACUUUGCGAAGUCAGUCUUCAUGAAAAGAAAGUGUGGCAGGGAGAAAGGCCGGCAGGGGCUGCACAUGGUGUUCGUGGGCAACCCUGGGACGGGGAAAACCUCCGUAGCUACAGCCUUGACAGGGUUCCUCUGCAGCCUUGGCAUCAUCAAUAAACCCCAACCCUCCAUUGUGCAGCGAGGUGACCUUGUGUCGAAGUGGAUCGGACAGACCACGGAGGUGACAAGGAAAAAGAUCCAGGAGAGCAAGGGAGGGGUUUUGCUGGUUGACGAGGCCUACCGCCUCGCACAGGCUGACUCCUCUUCGAGGGAUGUUGGGAAGGAGGCGCUGGAGGAGCUGAUGAGCGUGAUGGAGGGUGGGGACCCCAUCAUGAUCUUUGCGGGCUACCCGGGCGAGAUGGCUUCAUUCCUGGAUGUUAAUCCUGGAAUGAAGUCCCGGAUAGCCUACAAAUUUCAUUUCCCGGACUACAGUGUUGAGGAGUUGGCCCAGAUCAUGCGGAAUGAGGUCGCAGGCAUGGGCCUGAGUUUGUCCCCUGAGGCAAACCGGGCCCUAGAGGAAACGAUUUCUGAAACUACCACAGAAGAGCAAAGAUCAGUGAUGAAUGGCAGAUUGGCCCGUCAGGUGAUCGAGGGAGCAGAAAACCAUAUGUUCAGCCGCUGCUACCCCAAUGAUGUGGAGGGCUGUAAGACCAUCAACCAGAGAGAUCUGGAAGAGUCUUUCAGGACCUUCUUGAGUGGAAGGUAGACAUCAUUGGCGUAGUAGCGUCUAAACAUGGCAUCUGCUCUCACGAGAACGCCCCCAAAUUAUAGCACUGCAUCCUUUUGGGUCUUUUUUGGGUUUUUUUUCUUUGGGCACACUCCCCUACACUGAAGUCAGGGGAAAGUAUAUUUUUACAAUGGGAUCACCAUCCUCAAUCACGCCCAUCAGGGUAUUUGUCUCUUGUCUUAAUGGUAUGUUGUUGCCAAAUCAUAUUAGGGGAGCAAGUGGCUUAAAGUCCAUGGUCUUUUAUAAGGCUACAUUGUAACAUAGUUGUUUUUUUUUAAGUCUCCUUCCCAGCAUUUUCCCAACAUGUUCAGGGUCACAAUAUGAGUUAUUGGAAUGCCACAAAAAGGACUAUCCAUUGUGAUCUAAUAUGUCUUUAAAAUAUUACAAUAACCUUUGUCAUAGGAUCAGCUUUACACAUGUGUCAAAUAUAUUAUAUAUGUAUAUACUGAUGUGCAAAUAAUAGAUUCAAAACUAUAAGUGGCUAUACGUGCCUUCUGUGACAGCUGCUUUUUGGUUAGGGUGAAGCUACCCGAUGAUGUGAGGGUCAGGCCUAAACAGCAAUAACUCAGGGAACCUUUGUCUAUUGUGUUUUUUUUUUUUAAGUAGAACUUUUAAGUAACAGUAUCUGUGAUGACAGUAAUUACAAUGUUGUUGUUUUUCAAUGUAAAUGGCAAACAGAUGUCAUUGAUUAAAGAUGUCUCAGUGGGAACUCAAAGCCUGUUUUAUUUAUUGUUCAUGAUCAGAUAUGGACAUUAGUCUCUUAGUGGUCACCUGUCAAUAGUGGUCAAAUUUGCUCAGUCCCUUGAGUGACCACUAUAGACAGAUUCAACUGUAUUACAAUUGUUUCAGAUCUCUUUUUGCUGGGUCACAAUAAUCAGAAUAAUUCUGGUAACAAUAUGACACUUUGUAUUUAAAGUAAAUAUCUAUA